AUGGCCUUGAUUGAGCGGUGGCGACCGGAGACGCACACUUUCCAUCUGCCCAUCGGCGAGACCACCAUCACACUCCAGGACACUGAGAUUUUAUAUGGCUUGUCCGCUGAUGGCUUGCCAGUUUUACUGACGGAGGACGAGACUGCAGCGUCUGGGUCCAGUCGUAUGCAGUUGGUCCCCAUCAUAGACCACCUGGAGCAUAUCCAACAUACUAUCACCGACGAGUUAGUGGAGGUAGAUGUACAGCGAUAUACAAGGCUGUUGUUACUCCUUCUACUUGAGGGGGUCUUGUUCCUGAACACUUCGGGGAACCUAGUGAGCCUCCGUUUUCUACAUCAUAUUAGUCGGUUCGAGGAUACAGCCAUCUACAGCUGGGGUUGUGCUAUCAUCUCAUAUUUGUACAGGCAGAUGUGUCGGGCUUGCAUCGGCACACAGAGAGACGUUGGUGGAUUUCUGCCGCUUCUACAGUUUCAGCCACCUCUACCAAUACUACCGGCUAAUGUAGAAAUUCUACAUCUCCCUCUAGCCUAUAUGUGGGUUAUGCGUUGUACUCUUGCACGAGAGUAUGAUGCCCAUCAUAAUCUCCCUCUCUACAGGGAUGUGUUAGAUUUGUUGGAGGACGCACAGGCGAUUGGAUUGCAUACCGUCUAUCAUAUGGGGCUGCAGAUGCAGAGUCAUAUCCAUGCUCCUGUGGCCAUGCCGGAGUAUAGUCGUCGAUUUAUGGAUGUGGCUGCCCAGACACUACAGCAAGCCCGAUCGGAUCAGCGUUUGGCAUACGAGGUUGAUUAUAUGGACCCAACGCAGUACAAGUGA